AUGAAAAUAAUAAUAAAUUUGUGGAGGAAUAUUUUAAUAUUUAUUAUUCUAUUUUUAUCUUUUUUUUUAAUAUAUUCACAAAUUCCGUGUGGUAAAAGUUUUGUAUCAUGUGAAAAUUCAAUAUUUGAAAGAAAAAAUGCUAUUGACUAUAAUAUUAUUGAGGGACAUAUUUAUAAGAUUGAUGGUAGUGUUACAACUACAUUAACUAGUAAUACAAAUAAAAUCUUAAUUGAUGAAGAUAUGAUCCUGACAGCAUCUCAUCAAGCAGAAAUGGCACUAUUAAAUAAUAUGAAAGAAAAAAAAUUUAUUGAUAAACCAAAUGAUAAAUUGAUUAAAGAUUCAAUUAUGAGGUAUAUAGAGGUAACAUCGCAAGAAUAUCAAAAAAAUAAUUUAAUAAAUGGUUCAAAUUUAAAUACAGCACUUUCAAAAGAAUUAAAAACUAUGGGUUUAAAUUUAGUUGAUUUAAAAAUUAUUAAAAUUCCAGAAAAUAUAUCUAAUAUAAUGUCAGAAAUAUGUAUAAAAAACAAAAAAAAUUUUUGUACACCUUCAUCUUAUCGUACUAUUAAUGGAGAAUGUAAUAAUGUUAAUAAUCCAACACUUGGUUCAGUGUAUGAACCAUUUCAAAGAAUUCUUUCUCCUGAUUAUGAAGAUUAUAUUAUGUUACCAAGAAGUUCAUAUAAAAAAGAACAAUUACCAAAUGAAAGGGAGUUAACAACAAAAUUAUUUAAUUAUAAAAAUGAUAGAAAUGUUACUAUUUCAAAUUUAUUUGCAUAUUGGUUUCACUUAAUAUCAUCAGAUAUCUCAUUAAUUUCUUCUAUCACAAAGACAUCUUCAGGUGAAGAUAUUAUACCACAAUGUUGUUCACCUAAUACUAAAAAAAUGGAUAAUGAAUGUGAUCCAUUAGAAAUUUCAUCAAGUGAUUCAAUAUAUCGAGGAUUAGUAACAUGUAUCCCGUAUACACGUUCCAUUCCAACAAUACCUAAAAAUUGUAAUUUAGGACAACGUGAACAAGCAAAUUUUGUUACCAGUUACAUUGAUGGAAGUUCAAUUUAUGGAAUUAGUAUAAAUAAUGAAAAAGAAUUAAGAGAAUAUGUAAAUGGUAAACUCAAAACAGUAAUUUUUAAUAAUGAUUCUGAAUUAUUAUCAGCUGACAUAACAACAUCUGAAUGGUGUCAAUUGUCAAGCAAUUAUAGUUGUUUUAAAACUGGUACAAAAGAUGGUAAUAUUUUUCCUGGUUCUAGUACAUUAAGAACAAUAUUAGUAAAAUAUCAUAAUUAUAUAGCUAUAAAUUUAAAAAAAUUAAAUCCUUUUUGGGAUGAUGAAAAAAUAUAUCAAGAAAGUAAAAAAAUAAUUAUAGGUAAGAUUCAAUUUAUUACAUAUAAUGAAUUUUUACCUAUUUUGUUGGGAGAAAAAAAUAUGAUAAAAUAUAAAUUAAAAUUAAGAAAUUAUGGUUAUGAAAGUAACUAUGAUAUAACUAUUAAUUCAAAUGUCUUUAAUGAGGUCAGUAUUCUUUUAAAUCCAUUAUUAUUUUCUAUGAUAAAUGAAAUGAUACGAUUAGUUGAUAAUAAAGGGUGGAUAAUAAAAAAUUUUAAUAUUGGUGAUACAUUUAAUGACCCAUCAUUACUCUAUGAAAAAGAUGGUAUUGAAAAUAUUAUAAGAUUUUUAACAUUAGAAAAAAUUAAUCCUCCAUCAUUAUUAAUACCUGAAAUUUUUAAAAGUUAUUAUCUAUCAAAACGUGGUAAUUUUGGUUUAGAUAGUAUUUCAUUGGCUAUCAAAAAAGGACGUGAUCAUGGAAUAAAAGGUUAUAGAUUUUAUAGACAAGCAUGUGGAUUAAGUGAUAUAACAAAUUUUAAUGAUUUAGAAAAAAUUUUUUAUUCCAAAGAUGUUGUUAAUAUUUUAUCAUCAUUAUAUGAUAAUAUUAAUGAUGUUGAAUUAAUAAUUGGUAGUCUUGGUGAAAAACCAAUUGAUGGUAGUCUUCUUGGUCCAACAUUAUCAUGCAUCUUGGGAAAACAAUUUGAAAUUCUUAAAUAUGGUGAUAGAUAUUGGUUUGAAAAUUAUUUUACUGAUUCAUCAUUUACCAUAAAACAGUUAGAUGAAAUUAGAAAAAGUAGUAUUAGUGAAAUAAUAUGCGUAGGAAGUAAUAUAAAUUCUUUACAACCAAAUACUUUUUUAUUGCCUGAUAAAUUUUCUAAUACUUUUCUUAACUGUAAUAAUAAUGCAAUUAACAAAAUGAAAUUUAAAUAUUGGAAAGAUGAUGAAAAAAAAAUUGAAAUACCUAUUACAAAAGAAACAAUAGAAAAAGUUUUUGAUUUAGCUGAAUUAAAUGUUAAAGAAAGAAUAAAACGUGAAUUAAAAAAUAUAAAUGUAAAUCAAACAAAUUUUCAAAAAGGUGACCCAUUAUAUGCAUGGAGUAAUAUGUUAAGACCAAAAGAAAGAUCUAAAGAAAUAGGUAAAAUUGCUGAAAUUUUACUAGAAUCAACAAAAAUUUUAAUUAAUAAUAAUAAUUUACCUGGUGGUGAAAAAUUACCUAAAUUAAGUAUUGAACAUAUACAAAAAAUGCUUCCAGAAAUUGAUGUAUCAAGAUUUAUUUUUAAUUAUACUGCAUUUUUAAGUGAUAAUGGUAGAUUAACAAAAGAUCAAUGUUUACCACAAAAUUUACCAUGUGAUCAUACAAAUAAGUAUCGUAUUUAUUCUGGUUGGUGUAAUAAUCUUAAACAUCCAGAAUAUGGUAAUGCUUUUCAACCAUUAAAACAUCUUUUAACACCAGUAUAUGAUGAUGGUUUUGAUAAACCUAGAAUUAAAAGUAUUACAGGAAAAUUAUUACCAAAUCCAAGGAUAAUUUCUAAUAAAAUACAUGAAGAUAAAAAUAUUUCACAUGUUAAAUUUACUCAUAUGGUUAUGCAAUUUGGGCAAUUUUUAGAUCAUGAUUUAACACAUUCACCAACAUCACGUGGCCCUAAUAAUGAAAUACUUAAUUGUACAAGAUGUGAUAGUCCAGAAACAAUAUCAGUUCAUUGUUCACCAAUACCUAUUGAAAUUGGCGACCCACAUUUUCCAACACAUUAUCCAAAUGGUGAAAAACGUUGUUUACCAUUUGCACGUUCAUUACUUGGACAACUUAAUCUUGGAUAUAGAAAUCAACUUAAUCAAUUGACAUCAUUUAUUGAUGGUUCUGCUAUUUAUGGAUCAACAGAUUGUGAAGCAAAUCAAUUAAGAUUUUUUAGUAAAGGUUUAUUAAAAUAUUCUAAUAUUGGUUUACAUAAUACUGAAGCAUUACCACAAGGUGAACAAGAAAAAGAUUGUCGUAGUUUACCAAAAUAUAAAUGUUUUGUUAGUGGUGAUGAAAGAAAUAGUCAUCAACCUGGUUUAACAAUGAUGCAUACAAUAUUUAUGAGAGAACAUAAUAGAAUUGUUAAAAAAUUAAGUAUUAUAAAUCCUCAUUGGAAUGAUGAAAAAUUAUAUCAAGAGGGUCGUAGAAUACAGAUUGGGCAAUUUCAACAUAUUGUAUUUAGUGAAUUUAUACCAAAAAUUAUUGGAAUAAAAUUAUUAGAUAAAUAUGAUAUUAUGGUUAAAAAAGAUGGUUAUUAUAAGAAAUAUGAUGAGACAUGUGAUCCACAAAUAUCACAACCAUUUGCAACAGCUGCUUAUAGAUUUGGACAUACAUUGAUAAGAAGAUUAUUUCCUAGAUUAGAUAAAAAUUUUAAAGAAAUAAGUGAUCCAAUUGACAUAUCUACUCAUUUUGGACAUGUUGAACCUAUAUAUAAUGGAACUGCCGGUGGAAUUGAUUCAAUAAUAAUGGGAUUACUUGGAACACCAUCAAUGGCAUUUGAUCGUCAUAUUACAUCUGCUGUUAGAAAUCAUUUAUUUGCUCGAAGAGGUGAAAAAACUUCUGGUAUGGAUUUAAUUGCUAUAAAUAUUCUUAGAGCACGAGAUCAUGGUGUUCAAUCUUAUAAUACAUUUAGAGAAUUUUGUGGUUUUAAAAAAGCUACAAAUUUUAAUGAUCUUUUAAAUGACAUGGAUUCAGAGACUGUUUUCUCACUUCAAUCUGUAUAUGAGGAUGUCAAUGAUAUAGAUUUAUUUCCUGGUUUAAUAUCUGAAAAACCAUUAAGAGGUGCCUUAUUAGGACCGACGAUGGCAUGUUUGAUAGCUGAACAAUUUAGUCGUUUAAAAAAAUGUGACAGAUAUUAUUAUGAAAAUAACAAUGAAGUGACAAAAUUUACCUUAAGACAGUUAAGAGAAAUAAGAAAAAUAAAAUUAUCAACAAUUUUUUGUCAAAAUAGUAAUUAUAUAAAAACAAUUCAACCUAAUGUUUUUGAUAUGCCAGAUGAUUUGAUGAAUUCAUUGGUUGAUUGUGAAAAUUUAGGUAAGAUUAAUUUAAAUGAAUGGAAAGAAGAUUUAUCAUGUCAAAUAAAAGAUAAAGAAAUUGAAUUAGGAAAAACAAUUGAUAUAACACCAUGUGUAUCAUGUACUUGUACAAAAGAUGGCACUAUUUGUCAUCCAAAAAAAAUUAUUAACUGUGAAAAAUUACUUUCUAUGUUUAGUAAAAAUGAAAUACUAAAUGAUACAUCAUGUAUAAUUCAAUGUUCAAUUCUUUUAAAAAAAUAA